UCCAAAAAAAAAAACAAGAAAAGCAACUGACGUGUGGUACGGACAACGACUACGGCGUAAACAAACUGUUCCAUCCAUAUGCCACUCACAGCUGGCACUGUUGCGCGCUCCGACUCGUGCGAAUGGCUGCCGCCCGCUCUGCCCGCGGGCGGCAGGUGUGCGACGGUAACGAUGCUGCUCGCCCGCCGGAUAGCACGCGGCAGCGAUUGUUGGUCAGUCGACGCCGAGCCGCGCUACCGUGCGAACAAGAUGAACGUCUGGCAGACGUUGGAGUAUCUGUCCGGCCUGGGUCUGCGCAAGCGUUACAACUAUGAGGGAUUCGCGGAUACGCAGCAUCUGAUACGCACACUGACGCCGUCCUGGCGCCGGGACAGCUUUGCGGAGCGGUCGAAGGCGGAGGAUGCGGCCGCAGCUGCGGCCAGCGGCGCCGGCAAUGCCAAGUACGUGGAUGAGCGCGGCAUCGGCAGCGUUGCCGAUGUCGUCUCCGCCACCAUGGCCAGGUGCAUACCCAGUUUCCAGUCCAACGAUAAUCUGGCCUUGAGUCUGCAGGGCGUCGCGUCCAUUGCAGCUGCUCCAAGACGCAAGCGUCACAGUCGACGCAAAUCGCCCGUGCUGGAUGCAGAGUACGCGCUCAGCCAGGACGAUUUACAGGAUCUGGUCAAGUGCACGUAA